AUGCCCUAUGAAAAUCAGCAAAACCAACCAUCACCAUCACCACCACCGGCCUAUACUGAGGGUACACCAGGUGCAAUGGAAAGUGAAUUGUAUAUUGACGGUACAUUGUAUGUUGACGGAGUGCCAAUUGGUCAAAAUGAAAAACAGAAACGAUUGGGAAAACAAAAUCAAACUGUUGAAAAUCAGUGUAAAAAGGCUUUAGGAUUUGUUCGAAAACUUUGGGCAACGCAACAAACAGAAAGAAUCGACCGUAAAAAACAUAAGAAUAGAUAUGUUCAAACAACUAUUCGUGAACUUAUAGUUUAUAUGGCUUUUCUGACAAUUUUAUCGAUUGUCGUUUUUGGCAUGGUGAGUACUAAUAUGUUAGUAUUAACUCAAGCACUACAAAAUGUAUUUAUUAAUCCCCGACUAUUUGAUCCAUCAAGUAAUAAAUCAGGCCCAUCAUUUCAAACACUGGAUCGUAUGGAUGAUUUUUGGCGGUAUAUGACUGAUAUUGCUGCUGUGGGAUUUUAUACUGAACAAUGGUAUAAUAAAGAGAAUAUCAGUGAUACUGGUUAUAUAUUACACGAAAAUCGUUUAUUAAGUGUUGUUCAAAUGCGCCAAAAAAAAGUUCGAAAUAAUUCUUGUGUUGUUGCUGAUGAUUUUAAAGAAGAAAUUAGAUUUUGUUAUAACUCUUAUGCCCCAGUAUAUGAAGAUAAAUUAACAUUUGGAUUAUGUGAAAAUUUAGAUCCUGAAAAUUGUUCUUCUACAGCUUUUAAAUAUACACCAUCAACAUCAUGGUUUGGAUUAAGUACUACAGGAGAAGUUAGUGUAUAUGAUCAAGGUGGUUUUAUUGAAUUAUUUGGUUUAACAAAAGAAACGUUUUUAGAAGAAAUCCAAAAACUAAAAGAUAAUCUUUGGAUUACACGUGGUACUCGAGCAAUAUUAGUAGAUUUUACAAUUUAUAAUGCUAAUCUAAAUUUAUUUUGUCAAGUCCAACUUAUUUUUGAAUUUCCAGCUGUUGGUGGUUUAAUAACAUCAUCGAUAUUUCGUACCGUUAAAUUAAUUCGAUAUGUUCAUACUUUUGAUUAUUUUGUCUUGGGUUGUGAAAUACUUUUCAUUCUAUUUAUUCUCUAUUAUACAAUUGAAGAAGUUUUGGAAAUACGGUAUUGUAAAUUAUCAUAUUUCAAAUCAGUUAUGAAUUGUUUGGAUAUUGUAAUUAUAAUGCUAUCUUACGUUUGUAUUGCAUUUAACAUUUAUCGACAAGUACAAGUUGACUCAUUACUUGGUGCACUAUUAGAAAAUGACCAACAUCAUUAUAGUGAUUUUACAUUUUUAUGUUAUUGGCAACAUGAAUUUAAUAUUAUUUCAAGUAUUACUAUUUUCUUAGCAUGGAUUAAAGUUUUUAAAUACAUUAGCUUUAAUAAAACAAUGACACAAUUAAGUGAAACAUUAGCCAAAUGUGCACGGGAUAUAUCUGGUUUUGCUAUUAUGUUUUUUAUUAUUUUCUUUGCAUAUGCCCAACUUGGUUAUUUAACAUUCGGUGUUCAAGUUGAAAGUUUUCGAGCACUUCAAUACUCGAUUUAUACAUUAUUUUUAAUUAUUUUGGGUAUUUUUGAUUUUCAAUCACUUCAACAAGCACAUCGUGUACUUGGGCCAUUAUUCUUUUUAACAUAUGUAUUUUUUGUAUUCUUUGUUUUAUUAAAUAUGUUUUUGGCUAUAAUUAAUGACACAUAUAUUGAAGUCAAAGCUGAAUUACGAAAUAAGAAAAAUGAAUUCGAAAUAAGUGAUUUUGUUAAACGUGGUUAUGCUAAAAUGCGUGAACGUUUAACAGUUAAACGCGAUCGUAUAGCUGAUAUUCGUAAAGCAUUAUCAUUAGCUGAUCUCAAUCGUGAUAAAAUUUUGGAAUUUGACGAAUGGCGUUUAGAAAUGAAAUCACGUGGUUAUGCUGAAGAAGAAAUUGAAACAAUAUUUGCUAAAUAUGAUUUUAAUGGUGAUCGAAUUUUAGACGAAAAUGAGCAACGUGCAUUACGUAAUGAUUUAUUAAGACAAAAUGAUGCUGUUCUUCGAGAAAUCGAUCAAUUAAACUUGUCAAACAAUAUCGUGCCGAAGGAUGAGCAAUGCACUAGUGGAGAUCCAAGACGCAAGGCAAGUACAGCACCAGGGAAAUGUUUACCAGCAAAUGAAGUAUCAAUGGAAGAAUAUCAAGAUUUGGCUAAACGACUUGAUUCAAUGGAAGCAUCUGUUGGAGUUGUUUUAACUAAGAUCGAUAAUGUAUCAUCGAAGCUUGAUACAUAUGAAAAAGUCAAAGGAAAUAAUGGCAAAGAUAAGAAACACAAUCGUACAUCGGAUGCAGCAAUAGAUUCAAGGGAAAAUUAUGAAUUUAGUGAUCCCAUACAUUUAUCUAAUAAACGCGAUUUUAAUUCUAACCAAUCAACUGCAUAA